CUAAUUGGAAUUCAGUUGAUAUUGUUUCAAUGAGGGAUCAUUCUAACGCAGGCUUAGGAAUCUGCCGGGGAUUAGAAAGGUACACAGUUUUCGAUCAGUUAGAGUGGAAGUGUCGUGAUUUAAAGGACAGUUAUGUGUUCGAAUUCCUACAAGAAUUUUAUAAGGAUAUACUCCUCUCAUUCGCGAAUAAUCUCGCGCUACAGUCACUUGAAAACAAAAGUGAAUUUUUUGCCGUACAAUGCGAUACCUGCAGCAAGGCGGUUGCCUAUCAUUGGAACUACUUUGGAUUUGAUAGCCGCUGGUUCAGCACCGAAAUUACAUAAAUUUAUAGAUGGAAGACAUCAGCUCCUUGGCCCAAUAUUUCGAGAGCCGUUGGGUCCAGCUGAAAUAGUUUUCCUAUCGUGUCCGAAGAUGAUGAGAUCAGUUUUUCUUUACGAAGGACAGUUUCCAGCGCAUCCUUUGCCAGACGCUUGGGUAAUUUACAACAAGAAGCACGGUUGUCGUCGGGGCUUGUUUUUUAUGAACGGGGAAGAAUGGUAUAAUAAUAGGCGAGUGAUGAAUCCACUGCUGCUCAAUGGAGAUGAAAAAUACGCGAAGAAAUUAACCUUGAUAGCUACUAAAAGACUGAUACACAAAUGGAAAGAGUUGUGUGAAAAUUCAUCACAAUAUUACGAGGUCAAAAAUUUAGAGAAUGCUCUUUAUCGUUGGUCUAUUGAUGUUAUUCUGUUCGUGAUGUUCGGCGAUACUUACAACAACGCUUCUCCUGCACUUUUGACGAAAAUGGAGGAAUUUUCAAAAAACAUUUAUAGAAUCUUUGAGGAUAGUUCGAAGUUGAUGACUUUUCCAGCAAAGAUAGCUGAAUUUCUAAAUUUAGAUGCUUGGAAGCAGUUCGAGACGAAUGUUACCACUGUAUUGGAGUUAGGAAAUCAGGUGAUGGACCAAUCGAUGGUGGAAUUUUCCAAUGGAGACGGAAUGUUGGCUAUGAUGUUACAACAUGGAAUGCCAGCAGAUACCGCCAAAAGAAUCAUUUUAGAUCUUAUUAUUGCAGCAGGCGAUACGACAGCAUUUGCAAGUAUCUGGGCUUUAUAUUGCUUAGCUUCAAACGAGCAAAUACAAAACCAGGCCCGCUCCGACGUAUGUAAUAACGAAGAUCAUAAGUACAUAAAGGCAAUAAUUCGAGAGACGCUCAGGUUGUACCCAGUAGCCCCAUUUAUUGGGCGAUUUCUAGCCAAAGAUGCUCUGAUCGGAGGAUAUGAGAUUCCAAAAGGAACUUUAGUUAUUUUGUCUUUAUACACAUCCGGUCGGGAUGAGAUGAAUUUCGUUGAUGCAAACCAGUUUAUUCCGAAUCGGUGGUUACGAAAUGAGAGUGGAGAAUUGUGCGGAGUUCACCAUCCCCACGCUACACUGCCCUUCUCUUUAGGCAGUCGGUCGUGUAUUGGCCGGAAGAUUGCUUCCCUUCAGAUGCAGUCCUUGAUUGAGCUGGUUGUUUCUAGCUUCCGACUAAAAUGUCUCAAUGAUAAGCCUGUGGAUAUUAUAUUGCGAUUAGUAGCGACGCCAGAUUCCGAAGUGAAACUAGCAAUAAAACCCAUAGAGUAACUUUAUAUAAAAACAUUUUUAUUAAUUCAG